ACGCGCUCUGGGGUCGACUAAAAUAGCUGCUCCGAGAAACAGCAAACGAUUACCAGGGCCUGUGUGUUUACAAUCUGAGAACGAAAUAUGGCUACUGCGGGAGAAACAGUUGGACAAGGAACAAUGACUUCAUCUGUACCCGGGACAGGCACCUGUUUCGUGGCUAAAGGUUUAGAUAUUAGCCUAGCAGCCUUACAGCGACACGAUCCCUACAUCAACAACAUCGUCGAUUUGGCUAGCCAAGUUGCGCUCUACACAUUCAGUCACGUGUCUAAUGAUUUGACAAGUUGUCCACUUUCUGACUUGCAGGAGAAGACAGAUGUUGAAGGGAGCCUGUUUGUAUAUACAAGGUCUGCCUCUCCCAGGCACGGCUUCACCAUCAUGAAUCGGCUGAGUAUGGACAACCGGACUGAGCCCAUCACCAAAGACCUGGACCUCCAGCUGCAGGACCCAUUCCUUCUCUACCGGAACGCACGCUUGUCCAUAUAUGGGAUCUGGUUUUAUGACCAAGAGGAUUGCCGGAGAAUCGCAGGACUCAUGAAAAAUUUAACACAACAGGAGCUGCUCAAGGCCCAGCAGGGGGGAGGCAGCUCUCCAAGAACACUGCACCCCGGGGAUAGCAGAGGUGUGGACAUCCUGGAGAUGCUGACCAAGGCCAGAGAUGAAUACGACAAGGGUAAACCGAGUUCAGAGCCGAAGGAAAUCGCUGUCAGCAGUGUGAUCUUCAACAACCCCAACCUGAUCAAACCCAUCCCUGUGAAACCAACUGAAAGGCAGUACACUCCUGUGCAACACCAGCAGUCCUGCAAGGAUGGCGAGUCUGAGCCCAAACACUUAUCCCUGGCAGCACUUUUCGGAGCUAAGGACAAGUCUGUCCCAGUUUCCACGAUGGGGCCGGACAACAGCAUACAGUCGGGAGGGGCUAAAGCCGAGAAUUGCCCUACAGUUCUCCUAUCCCUUUCUUAUGAGAAAACUGGGCAGGCACCCGCAAAGGUAGCUGCAGACAGCAGCACCGCUCACCCCUGCCUGGCCUUCCAGAAACUGAUGACCCCCCGAGGAGGGGCCGUGGAGCUGCAGCCCGUCUCGGAGUCUCCUGAAAACCGGCUGUGUGAGAACGGGAGUUUCCAGCCAGCCUCUUGCCCCGGCCGAGACCCUCUGCACAGACUGUUCCAACCCCCGGCCUCCGCCUGCUCACAGCAGCCAACCCAGCUCCAGGGAGCACCCAACCUGCGCAAGCCUGACUCCGGAGCAGGCCCUCUAGUAGAGCCCUUGGGCUUCAGCAGCAGCAGUUGCCAGUCAAAGCCACUUUUCUUCAGCCCCAGCAGCCCCCAGCUUGUAGCUCCCUCUCCCCGGCACCAUGUUCCAGGUGUUAUCUACCCCCACGAGCUGAUCCAGAGACUGCAGCUGGUCCAGCAGGAGCAGAACCCUGAUGGGCUGCCCAGGCCCGCCCUCGCCGCCAGGUUCCAUGCGCCCCUCAGCCAGAGUUCCAGGCCCCUGGUCACCUGGCCAGAGAAGAGCCCUGCCAGGGACAAGUCAAAUCCGCUGUUUCAGGUGAUCUCUCCCCAGCGAAUUCCAGCUACAGUGGCCCCCACUCUGCUCAUGUCUCCCAUGGAGUUCUCCCAGUCCAAAGCAGGGAAGCCUUUAGAGAGCAGCCGGCUUGCCAUGCCCCCAGUGGAGAGCUGUCAGGGGCUGAGGAGCUUGUUAUCCCCCAGGCAGGCUGCGGAACCUGUCAGUAAAACACCCAGCACUCUCAACAAGAGCCAGCUCCAGGACACACUGCUCUACCUGAUCAAGAAUGAUUCCUCCUUCCUAAACACCAUCUAUGAAGCUUAUUUGUCCAGUUUGACGAAGGACAAGUGACGAAAAAGCUCUGAAGCUGUUCGAUUUUUUUUUUUUUUUUUAAACAAUGCGUUUUUGUAAAGUUGCCGAUUUUAACAAAUCUGAUAAAUAUCUAGGUGUGAUUGUAUAUUUCAUCAAAAGACACUUUUUUUUGCUUUUUUCAUCCUUUAUUUUUAUGCUUUGUUUUUAAUUAAGUUUCCAGUAAUGAAAGGAAGGAAAAUAACUGGAAUGCAGUUUUAUACAAAUCUGUAUUAAUUUAUCAUGGAAAGACAAUGGAAAGAGUAGCCCGUCUAAAUUGUGUUCAGUGUGAGAUACUUGGAAAAUGAUUGAACACUGUGGCUGGCAGCUGACUUUGCUUGUCCUUGCACAUACAGAUUGCUUUCUUGUUAUCAGAUUUGUUAUAUGAAACAACAGCGCAGGCGCAGUACUAUUUUAUAUGUUUUAAAAAGAGAAUAUUUUUCUAUGGUCCCACGUGGUGGAGUUCAUUGCAUAUGCCUCUCUCUUUCCAAGUUGCAUUGAUCACAGAAAAAACUGAAUGAUGUAAAACAGAAGAACUGGUCACAGUCAUUUAAAUGCAGUUUUACUUUUAUGGUUUUAUCAAUUUUAAAACCAUGUUAGUUUUGUCCAAUCUUUCUUUUAACAGGAAAAUCAUUAAAAUUGGUUUUAUUGUCCAUUUCAAA